AGAAGAAUUUCUGCAAGCCCUGUUGCUCGAUCGCCUUUUUCGACGUGUUCAAGGAUCCAGUGCAACAUCUUUCUGUACUAUUGAUAGUUCCUGGAGCCAUAACAGUUGACCAGCUCUUGUGUUUUAGAUAAUGGCUGAUGCCGGUGAUGUCAGCCAGUCUGCGAAGACACCAGCAGACUUCCUGAAGAGCAUCAAGGGAAAACCGGUUGUGGUGAAGCUAAACUCUGGGGUGGACUACAGAGGGAUUUUGGCGUGUCUUGAUGGCUACAUGAACAUCGCUAUGGAAUCCACAGAGGAGUAUGUCAAUGGACAGCUCAAGAACAAGUAUGGGGAUGCCUUCAUUCGUGGGAACAAUGUCUUGUACAUCAGCACAGUCAAGAACUGAUGGAACUGAUCAAAAUCCAGCAGCAGCAGCAGCAGCAGCAGCAUGACCUCCUUGCUCAGCCAAGCAAAGGGGCUGCAGCUGGCGUUGCCUCACAGUGUGUCCUGACACAGGAGCUUAGCUGACUUGCUUUCUGCAUGAAGGGAGCAGCAAUGGGUAAGGCUGAUACCAUAGGAUUUUUCUUAUGGCUGAGCAGAACUGAAGGGUGCAGAUUGCGUGUGCCACCUGACCGGCGCUUCAUCAGCCCAAGGAAAUCUAUCUGAGGGUGAAUGAUCAUUUUUGGACUGCUGCUGGCCAUGCUGUGUAUGCCCCACAACAGGCUUGGCAAAGGGACCUAUUUAAAAUCACAAUAGUGCGGCCUUGCCUGGCAGUUUGGAAGUAGUGUACAUUGACCGAGUGCGGUGAGGCUUAGUUUAGAAGCAUAGAGUGUCAUAAAAUGUCUUUUGGGCGCAGCCACGCGUUCUAAUGUCACAUUUGUUACAUCAGAAGUCACUUGAAGUGUCAAUUUGAAGCUUCCUCGACUUUGUAAUUGCUAGCUAUAUUCU